CCGACAUUCCAUCGCAACAUGAGCACCGACGCCCGCCCAGCAGAGAAGGUCGUGCUGCGAGAGUACACCGAGUAUCGCUUCGAGGUCCACGGAGACGAGGACGUGACGAUUCGUUUGCGCUCGGGAACGGCCGAGCUCUUCGGGGUCGAGCUGGCAAAGGACAAGGAGUACCACUUUCGCAAGUGCCAACUUGCAAUCUUCACAUAUCACGGGUGCGAACUGAGCCUGCAAGGGGAGCGCGCGUGUGCAUACACGUCGUCCGACGAAACGCCGAUGCCUCCCAUCAUCAACAUCCACACGCAGUUGGAUCAAAUUCGUCGUCAUGCGUUGGAAACCCGUGGCGCGGGUCCUCGUGUUCUCGUGACUGGUCCUUCUGACACGGGCAAGUCGACAGUGUCACGAAUUUUGCUCAAUUAUGCCCUACGAAUGUCCAUGAAGCCAACGUUCGUCGACCUGGAUGUUGCCCACGGAUCGCUAAGCGUUCCAGGAACCAUCGCUGCAACGCCACUUGAAAUGAACUGCCUCAGUGUCGAAGACGAGUUCAUUCUGACUGCUCCCUUGGCGUACUACUACGGUCAUGCUGAAGUGAAGGAAAACCCUGAGUUGUACAAGCACCAAGUGCUCGAGCUCGCGAACCGUGUCGACCAACGUCUCGCCAACGACGCUGAUGUAAAUGCUUCUGGUGUGAUCAUCAACACGUCAUCGUGGAUCGAUGGAUCGGGAUACCAAAUUCUUUUGCAUUGCAUCCAAGCAUUCCGUGUCGACUUGGUCAUCGUGCUCGGCCAAGACAAGCUCCACAGCGAACUCCAACGCGACCUCGCGUCCACUCCAUCGACAUCAGUCAUCAAACUACCCCGUUCGGACGGCGUCGUGCAGCGGUCGAGCCAACAGCGACACCAACUGCGCAUGGAUCGGUUCCACGAGUACUUUUAUGGUAAACAUCUCCACACAACUCUCCCGAUGCAGUCGCCGUACGAGUUCGCACCGCAUUCAGUCGACUAUGACCUGGAAGACCUCCACUUCUACCGCAUCCAAGACCUCAGUGUAUCGCAAGUGAUGCUGCCCGUGGGCCAAACACACGCCAUGGUCCGACUGCGCGUCAUGCCUGCCGAUGUGACAGCGGACCUGAACUACUGUAUGGCGGCAGUGAGCCACCCGCCCAGCGUCAAAGGCGACAGGGAUGAAGAGGAUGAGCAGCUCCUCCUCAACUCCAGUGCCGCUGGGUUCGUCCUCAUAAAAGCCGUCAAUGUCGCGCAAGGCAAGGUAACGCUCCUCGUGCCGUGUCCUGGUCCGCUACCGUCCAAGAACUUGAUUGUCGGGUCGCUCAAGUUUAUGGAAUAGCACGUUGCUUGUUGCUUCAGAGUCGUCGUAUGUGUAAAGCACGCCCUUAACCUUGGAGAUAGCGACGAAUAGGCGACCUUAUUGCGCUGCACGUAUUACGGUCAGCAAUACAGCGUUGUAGCUACGGUGUUGAAGAGACAACGGUGUUUGAU